AUGAACGAGCUGACUCAUGACGAUGAUUGUGUUGUAUCGAAACCUGUGGAUGAGGAACAAAUGUACUUUGAUACAAUCAUUGGAGCUCUUGAAGAAACAAUGAUGGAGGAGAAUUUUUCGAAAAUGAUCGACAAAUUUGCAGAGAAAAACUGCAAAAUAUUCGAAGAGGGAGAUGAAAACAAGUUGGAAUAUACAACACUCUUUUCAGAGUAUCAAACGAUGAUUGAACAUUAUUUAGAGAGAUCACUAACGGAAAAAAUUAAGAAUUUCGAAAUGAGCAGAUUUAUGAGAGUUAUAGAGAAAGUGGAACAGCAAAAGAAGGAUCAAGCUAACAGCAAAGAACAAGAAGAGAGCAACGACGAUGAUUGGGAAGAUAUUGAGGAAGGUGACAUGUCUGGUGAUGUGUUCGAAAUGCUCUUGUCCUUUACAGACUUUAUGGAAUUUAAAGAGCUCAUGGUUUCAUACAAAAAGAAGGAAUAUUUCAAUGACAAAUUUUCUGGGCUGUUGGUUGUGUCCAAUGGUUCGCGCAAGUAA